AUGUGGACUACGGCAUCCCGGGCGUUCCGACCGGUCGUGCGGGUAGCCUGGGCUCGGAACACGGCCACUCGUCAGUUCAGCACCGCCAAUGGGCCGGAUACGACCAUCGUACAAACCUGUCAACAAAAGAUUCAAGACGCCUUGUCCGCCACCGAUGUCAAAGUUACCGGCGCGUAUGAUGAUCCCAACGGAUCGCACAUUUCCAUCGAAGUAGUCGCCGAAGCCUUUGCCGGGAAACGACCCGUUCAGCGUCAACAAAUGGUUUACAAGGCGAUUUGGGAGGAACUAAAGGGGCCCGUGCACGCCGUGGACGCCAUGAUUUGUAAGACCCCGGACGAAGUAUAA